AUUAUUGUUUCACAAAUACUUCUCUGCAAUAGCCAAUAGCCUGUUAGUGAGUGUUUUGCUCUUGCCCAAUUUAGGAGAGCAGGAAGAUAUGGGUAAAGGAGGGAUGUCUCGUGUAGAAGCUGGAAAUGAGGAGAACAUGGCUGCUUGGCUUCUUGGCAUUAACACCCUCAAGAUCCAACCGUUCAAGCUCCCUUCCCUUGGUCCCUAUGACGUUAGAGUUAGUAUGAAAGCUGUUGGUAUCUGUGGAAGUGAUGUUCAUUACCUCAAGCAUAUGAGCUGUGCAGGUUUUGUGGUGAAAGAGCCUAUGGUGAUUGGGCACGAGUGUGCUGGGAUCAUAGACGAGGUUGGAAGUGAGGUGAAGAAUCUGGUUCCUGGUGAUCGGGUGGCACUGGAACCACAGAUCACCUGCUGGCAAUGUGAUCGUUGCAAGGAAGGCCGAUACAAUCUGUGCCCCGAUGUGAAAUUUUUUGCCACUCCACCAGUUCAUGGCUCUCUUGCUAAUCAGGUGGUGCAUCCUGCAAACCUGUGUUUCAAACUGCCAGACAAUAUGACCUUGGAGGAGGGGGCUCUGUGCGAGCCCUUAAGUGUUGGGGUUUAUGCCUGUCGCAAAGCUAAUGUUGGUCUAGAUACAAACGUCUUGAUCGUGGGAGCAGGACCCAUAGGACUUGUCACAAUGCUGGCAGCUCGUGCUUUUGGUGCACCUAGAAUCGUCAUGGUUGAUGUUGAUGAUUAUCGAUUAUCUGUUGCCAAGGGUCUUGGUGCAGAUGACGUUGUCAAAGCUUCAACAAACAUGCAGGAUAUACCUGAAGAAGUGGAAAAGAUAACGAAAGCUAUGGGGGCAGGAGUGGAUGUAACCUUUGAUUGUGCAGGCUUUAACAAGACCAUGUCAACUGCUUUGGGUGCAACUCGUACUGGUGGCAAAGUCUGCCUCGUAGGGAUGGGCCACAAUGAGAUGAGUAUUCCCCUGACUCCAGCGGCUGCAAGGGAGGUUGAUGUGAUUGGAAUCUUCCGUUAUCAGAACACAUGGCCGCUGUGCCUGGAGUUGAUAAGCAGUGGAAGGAUCGACGUGAAGCGUCUGAUAACCCAUAGGUUUGGAUUCUCUCAGAAGGAGGUGGAAGAAGCCUUUGAGACCAGUGCUCGUGGUGGUACUGCUAUUAAAGUCAUGUUUAAUCUCUGAGUUCUCACCAUCUUAGCGAAGCAAACUGCUCAUGUGUUUAGACUUCACCCCCAUCAUGAUGAAGCAACGUUAACGAAAAUAAAGUAAAGUCGAAGCAUAGUUUUAGGAUGUCUGCAUCUAUUUUAUAUAGACCUUUUAAUUUAAUAAAUGCAUAACAUGAUC